GGAAGUUGGAUGGCAUCAAGGUCGUAAGUUCACUGUUAACUUAUAUGUUGGAAGGAACACCGUGAAAUGUAAACAAGAACUUGAACCAAGGAAGGUAGAGUACUGUUACCAUUAGAUGAUAUAAAAAUUAACAAGACAUUCUGGCAAUUACAGCAUUUCAUCUUCUAGAGAACUACAGUGAAGAAUUGGUACAUUUCUUCAUUUCGAUUGCAAUUUCAGCGGACAGACUCAGAGGUAAUUAAGAUGGAUACGUCUAAACUGUAGCUUUUACCGUUUUAAAUCACGGGACUCACUGUUAGCUGGCCGAUGAAGAUGAAGGGCCUCCAGUUUAUUCAGAUUUCACAAAACAUUUUAGGACGGCUUAAUUAAAGCCAUCGUUUUGUUUGACUUGUUUGCUUUUUUCAUGUUACGUAAACCUUGAAAUUGCAUGGUUAAGUGACAUAUUGAGGUAAAUGCAAAUUCGUGGCCAAGAAUAAACUAAGACGGUAUGCAUGAUCAGCCAGGUCAGUUUUCUAGAUAAUUAAUCGACGGAUUUAAGUGGUGCGUGAAGUUAUCAUCCUGUCGAGUACUCGACAAACAUUUUUUUUGGUCCACAAUUAUGCCUGUCUAGAGAGUUUUUGGUUUUCUAAUUUCAGGUAAGUAUUCAGAAGAAUUCUUUUACUUACGUGGUGAGCCUCAAAAUGGUGUGCCAGCUCCGGCCGCUGAGAAAGUUAUUAUAAUUAUGUAAAAGCAAGCAUUGUUUCAGGGAAAGUUGUUUUAUGGCGAGUUAAAGGUCUGACAUUGAAAUGUCUAAGUGUUAUGCAUACGAUGAUAACAUUUCAACUAUAGAUUUCAGUAUCGCUAUUAUGAUAAUUGAUUUAAGUCGUUCACAAGGAAAUUCAGUUUUACAGCAAUGCAGUAAAAGUCUUAUCUUCUAUAAGUAACAGUUAACGCUUAUGAUCAACGGUAAUUUGCACAGCCUUGGCGUCAAUCAACACGUACAUUGCAUGUGAAGUUCUUGUUUAAAAAGGCUUAGCAACAAAUUUUGCUGCAGUCAAUACCACCAUUGUUGAAAAGGCUGAGUUCGUCGCAAGCUUCAUUUUUUACUGAUAGACAGACAUAAUACCCAAGCAGCUUUCCGCUUAUUGGUUAGCAAUGCACGUACUCAAUUUGGUAUGGAUGGCAUUUUUACUUCAAAAUUGAAUAUUCCCACCUUACUCUUAUUCCUUUAAGAAGAAGUGCUUAUCGAUUUGUCAUUGAUAUUAGGUGUCCUGACAAGAGAGAUUGGAAAAUCCGUCGCAAGCAGAAACUUGUUGAUACACAAAUUGGUAGCUGUUUUUAUAAUCGGCGAACAUGACAUUGCCUAAAUUCCGUAUAAGUUUAUUAUUGGAGUGUCAUUUACGUCUCAGAAUUGAGCCCUGUGGGUUUCUUGACUUGCCAUAUGCUCAUAAACAACCGUUCAUCUCUUUACACAAUUCUUCUAGUCAGUUAGCUCUUAAUCUUCCACAGAAAACAGGCCUGAUAUAAUUCUUCAGUAUAUUUCCGCUUUCUUCCGUUUCAAGACAAAAUGAGGCUUUUACUGCAAUUUAAUGUCUUUGUAAAUGAUCCAGGCUUCCUACCUUGUUUACUGAGUAAGUUAUGUUUAUGCCUCGUAAAACCUCGGGCAGCAAAGUUGCGCAAGGCAAAGGGUGCAGAAGAAAAAUCAUUUGACGCAGGGUACAGGCAUUUUAACAAACUGUACGUCGAGUUUUCCUACCGUUGAUAAGAUUGCUCAUACUUCCUCCGUUUAUGAGGCUUGUGAGCAUCUGAUAGUGUUCUUUAAGGAUUUGCACGAGCAAACCUCUAAAAGUUGAUCUGUGGCGGAUGGGUAUCGUGUUUACAAAUGCUGACCUUCCUUUCUUUGGUGUUUUUCAGUUCUUUAAAACUGCUGGCGAAAAAAGAAAACAGUGUUUAGUUAAUUGUAGGAUUUAAAUUUGUUUUUGAGCGGCUCCCUACAAAUUCACUUCUCCACACUAUUGUCGUUUACCUAUCACAGAAGAUCAGAAAAGAAAUUUAGUCAUAUAUGCAGCAGAAAUAUUUUACGUUUUACAGUUUCUUCAAAGGAAAUAAAGUUCUAGCCUCCCAAAUCUUUCAAUUCCUGAACUCUUAAAAUCCCCCACAAUACAUUGUUUGGACAAGUCUUCAUUUUUACCAUCAGCAUGUUGCUGUCAAUUGACUGUUAAACUCAAAAUAUUAAACUCGAAAUGACGAAACUCAAAAUGACGUCAAAGUAUUAAACUCGAAAAUAUUAAAAUAUUAAAAAAAAAAUAUAUAUUUUAAAAUAUUAAACUUGACGAAACUCGAUGACAACCACGAACGUGGGCGAGUGGUUUCACUGCAAAGUUUUGAACAUUUUGAGGUUAUUUCUAUGGUCAACAACAAAGAGACCAUAAAAAUAUGUAAAUAUAUGUGUAUAUAUCAUUAAUGGUUGCUUUGGGUAUUGGGAAGAUUUUGUUUGGUGGUCACUCAAGUAUAUCAUUGUGCACAUUGCUCCAUAUGUCCAAAUGCCCAAUGUCCAAUUACCAAAGCAACCCUUUCUGAUUUAGCUGUAUAUAUUUGUCGCUUUGUUUAUUAAACAUUAUUAAGAGCGACGGUCAGGAAAUAUCGACCAACGAGUGGCAAGAGUUGAAAAAUCAAUUAUUUCCUUCCUUUUUUUGUUCAAGACAAGACAAGACAAGACAAGACGUUUAUUAUCAUAAAAUUACAAGUACAAUUUUUUGGCACGCAGUUAGCUAGAAAACGCUAGUCGAGAGGUGCCAUAUUAAUUAUAUUAUAAAUCAGAUAUUAUAUUAUAAUAAGUAAAAAGCAAAGAAAAAGAAAAGAAGAAAUAUUUGUAAUGAAUUCAAAAGCAAGAAAGACAAAUCUGUUUAAUGCAACCUGUGAAAGAGGCUAAGGUUUAGCAUUUCGCGAUUUUAUUUCUCGUGUUAUCAUGGUUGCAUCAAGGUAAUCAUCUUUGUCUUUUAAUAUUUCGAAGAGCACACUGAUUAAUUUUCGUUUAAACACUUAUUUUGACACAUCUCUCAUUCUACCUGGUAUCUCAUUCCAUACUUUAGCGCCAAAAAUUGGGACGGCUUGUCUUAGUUUUUCAAGAUUAAAUUUUUUGAUGUACAUAUUAUUUUUAGAUGAUGUCUGCGAGAACAAGUUAACGAUUUUUGAGGUGCAGAAUUGGUAUGAAUAUCAAGGAUUAGGUAAGAUACGGACUUAAAAUAGAGAAAGCUAAUUGGCAGGAUAUUUGCAUUACUAAAAAGAGGAAUGGCAUGAACUUUCCUGUUGGCAAAAAAUAUGAAAAGGAUAACUUUUUUCUGAAGCAAUAAGAUUUUUGUUAAAUGUGUUUUUGACGCCUGCCCCCAAUCUAUCAAACCGUAAGAUAAAUAAGGCAAGAUUGACGCACGGUAAAUAUUUAGCAAGGUAUGUUGAGGAACAAAGUGCUUCAAUUUAGCGAUUAAACCAACCGUUUUACUGUCCAUAAAUAGCUUUUAGGUAGAUAAGUAAUCUGAUGUAAGUUGUUCCCGCAAAAAGCCUUUUAUUUUUGAGAAAAAUAAGAAUAUCAGUUUUCGUGGUCCGAGUCUCAAAAUGACCGUUCUUUCAACCCGAAAUUUUCUAACAUCAACUCUCCUCACAUUCGCAAAUAAAGCCGCAAGGAGAAAUUUGGACACUUUUCAUCAAUAGAACAACUCUUCUUCUUUCACUAGAAGACACUUUCAAAGCAAUAUCAAGACUCGUUAAACUAACAUAAUUCAAAAACGAAGAACAGGUUUUUGCAGUGACAAAAAUUUUAAUUUAGUAGUUGUUUUCUCUGGCAUUAUUCUUCAUGUGGUAUAGCUCCAAAUUUUCUCGGUCCUCCUUUAUUCACACAUUUAGACAUUCAUUCAAAGCAUACCGUCUGAGAAUUGGCUUGGGUUCCUUUAAGCAGCCUUCAAGUCCGGUAAAAAUAGUGAAGCGUGACCAAAAUAACUUAUUUAACGGCUCCAAGUUUCCUCGAUCGUAAAGUAACAAGACGAAAUAUCUUCCUGUUCCGUCAUCCUUAACGAAUUACCAUUGUUAAAGUCCUUAUUUUUGGAUAAGAAGUGUUAAAAAUUAGGGCAGUCUGAGACUCCGACAUCGAAAACCGAUCUUCUAAUCUUUCUCACAAAUAAAAAGCUUUCGGCAGGAACAAUCUACUUCCCUCAAUCAGGUUUAUUAUCCACCUAAAAGCUAUCUAUGAACAAAAAAUGAAAGAAAUUGAUUUUUCAAAUCUUGCCACCAAAUUAAGAUUUUGGUCGAUUUUUCCUUGCCGUCGCUCUUAAACAUUGGCAGUUUUUGAGGUCCAUUUCCUUUUACGUUUCUCGAAGACUUAUCGGAGACGAGAGACAUGGAAAAGCAAAUUUCUUUCCUGCAGACUAAUAAUACUCUCAUAGACCUCACUGAUUAACCAGCCGUUUAUUGCAAAAUAUAAAAUGUAGUUUUUGAUUGAUUGCAUGAUUCCUUGAAAUCAAUUUGAAGUAUUUACUAUCUUCAUAGAACUGUUAGCUCAAUCAUCCACGAACUGUUUUGUGCAUCUGUUAACGCUGACUUUGAAUUUACUUAUAUCAGUACCUAUAAGGAAACAGCCUUCUUCAUGGGUAACUGCGCAUGCCUGCGUGCGUCCUUUCGCCAUGGUCUAAGCAGUGGCCAAGCUUAUCAACCCAGCAAGGACGAAAAAGGGUAUGUUUCUCCUUCUUGAUGAUGAUGAUCACGAUAAUGACGAUAAUAAUGAUGAAGAUGAUAUUAAUAAUGAUGCCCAAGAGAGAACGUGAUAUUAUGAUGUAGCAAAGACCGCAAUUAGCAAUAUCCCUCGAAUCGGANGAACUGUUAGCUCAAUCAUCCACGAACUGUUUUGUGCAUCUGUUAACGCUGACUUUGAAUUUACUUAUAUCAGUACCUAUAAGGAAACAGCCUUCUUCAUGGGUAACUGCGCAUGCCUGCGUGCGUCCUUUCGCCAUGGUCUAAGCAGUGGCCAAGCUUAUCAACCCAGCAAGGACGAAAAAGGGUAUGUUUCUCCUUCUUGAUGAUGAUGAUCACGAUAAUGACGAUAAUAAUGAUGAAGAUGAUAUUAAUAAUGAUGCCCAAGAGAGAACGUGAUAUUAUGAUGUAGCAAAGACCGCAAUUAGCAAUAUCCCUCGAAUCGGAACUCAUUUCUUCGGCGAUUCCUGCAAGUCAGGAUAAUAUUGCUCGUCGGUGACUACUCCAGACAGAUUUUUCCACGUAGAAAUUUUCUGACUCGCUCGUCAUGUUACUUGCUGUAUGUUAUCAACAGCGAAAUGAAUAAGGGAUUCGCUCUGUCAGAUUAUUAUCUCUUGUGAUGCCUUGAUGUUGUCCAAUGACGUGAGGUCAUUAUACUUGCGCAAACUUUGAUUUAGAUCAUUAUUUAAUUAAGGUGGCUCGACAGGAUUUUUAAGGGCAAUACCUACCUAGUUUGUGUGUUUACUACGUCGGCAUUAACAAAGAUAUCGAAAAAGUUACCACAGCGAAAACAAUCCCUCUCUUUUUCGUUCACAGUUUCAAAUGGAAUCAAACCAUUAUGAGAUAAAACUGCAUUUCCAGACCUCACCAUUUUCUUUACAUAUUAGCCAAUAAUACCGAUAGCAUGUUUAUUUCACUGUUUUUAUGACCCUCAAAACUGCGUUUCAAAAUAUUUCCAAAACGCUCACAUACAAAUCGUUCAAACUUUGUCAUAAUCGGGGCAGCCAAGGGUGGUAAAAGUUCCCUUAACCGAUUACCGAGAAAAGCUCCUGGUACCGAGACGUGUACGAGGGCAAGAAAAAAAGGUCAUGGGGCUAUUACAUUGCCAUGGCAACUCCGAUGUCAAUAAAACAUUGAUCAUAACAAAUUCUCAUUUUUAUACAAUACAGCUAUGUCUGUUAAUGCAGACGUAGUAAAUGCUCAAAUUGGGAGGUCCACUCCCCUAAAAAAUUCCAGUCGAGCCACCUUAACUUGACAACAUUAUACAGUUUUUGCUAGUUAGUUGUCUAGACUCCACGCUCGAAUUCAAAUAAAAUGUUCGAGGUCAACUGACCAUUUUCAAUACUGGUUAUUUAACAAAUACAUUGCUUAAUUUUACAAAAAUUACUAAUUUCAUUUUAAAAUAACGUGUUUUUUUUUACAACUGUAUAUCUUCACGGAACGUCAAGAAACAAGAAACCUUGUAAGUGCAACUUCAAUGCGUUUUGUCUCUUAUUUAUUUUCUAUUUUGUUUGUAUAUUUAUUUCCUUUAUGAAGCAAGUUUCCUUUCUUCGUGGAAAGGAAAUAAAAACAGGACACGAGACAGGUUUGGAUGCAAAGAUCGGAACAGAGGCACUGACAAGAGUUUGGUUUCUGCAGUAUCUAAGGCAUUUUUUACCCCUUCAGGGUUCGUCCUCUUUUGAGCUCAACAAAUUCUAUGAUUUUCCUCGACUUUUUCCAUGACCUUUUCAAGUUUUCCAUGACCUUAGGUUUAGUCGUUACUUUCAAAAACUUUCGCAAUUUUUCUAGUUUGGGGGUAUUUUUUGACCUUAAGCACUUCAAUAGACACAUACUCUGGUGUCUACCAAAAUGAGUGCCAUUUGCGCUGUUUAAUUACUCUUCUCUACCUUACAUUUUCCUUGCUUUGUCAUCUGCAGUAACUAAACUAUUAAACAAAACUUUAAUUUUCCAUGACUUUCAAGAACCGACAAUUACUUCCAUGACUUUCCAGGGCCGGAAAAUGAAAUUAAUUGUUAAAUUCCAUGUCUUUCCAGGUUUUCCAUGACCUGUGCGAACCCUGCCGUUAAGGUGAUGUUACGUGAGACGAUUCGCAACGACGAUUUUUAAGAGCAACACAGCCUUGUAAUGCUGGAACAAUGUUGUAACCAUUCGAAACAAUGUCGCAGCAAUGUUGUAACGCUGUGUUGCGCUAGAAAUCGUCGUUGCGAAUCGUCUCGUGUAUUAACAUCACCUUUAGAGGGUACUGAUUUUUGUUUUUGCCAAAAUGCAAGGUAUAAAUUAGAAUAUAAAUAAAGGCAUUAGGUAUCGACAGCUGUGAACUUUAGUAUUUUGGUAUUUCAAGACAAAAACUGCGGGUGUAUCGAGUAUUCCAUAAAUUCCAUAAUAAUAAUUUCAAACUCUUUGUUUUAGGGAGGAAUAUUGGAUAUGAAGUUUACAAAGACAUUAUGGGGGAAGAACUGUUCAAUCAGAAGAUCGAAGAAUUUGAAAAGGUAGGCGCAAACGAGUUUCAGAAUUGAAGCCACUGCAUAUUUGUUCAAAAUAUUUUUUUCUUAGCAGAAAAAGCAAAAAUUUAAAUGGAGGAAAAUACAUUUGAAAAGGAGGUAAUCGUAUUCAUGGGACAGGUAUGAUGCAACAUGAAUGACAUUUCCAACGAACCGCUGAAGCUCAAGUAAAAAAGUAUAGUUACUGUAUCAGAUCUCGUUAAUGUUGGUGUUUUCGACUGCUAAAGUUGAGAACACAUAAAUUUCCUUCCGGUCAAAAGCAGCGUUACCAACGUUACUGAAAAGGAGAGUACGAGAAACGUCCACCCUCGAAAGGAAGUGGGACGACAACGACUGAAAUUUUCCCCUUACUUCCUUGUUUCCCUUUUAUGCUUUUUUUCAGCCACUCCCGCCACCUGGACUUUUUGAUUCUGCAAGGAUCGCAUAUGACACGAAAAAACUCAAGCUGCUUUUUGGUGCAAAAGCGAUGAUAAAAGGGCAGAGAGGCACGCACCCGGUUGGUGUCGGGAGCGAAGGCAUUGCCACAAUCGUCUCUAAUCCCAAGUUUCCCGCUUGUGCGUUUUUCACCCCCGGGCGUUCGUACUCGGUCUGCCUGCGUCACUCCACUAUCCAGUCUGUUGAUGACGUGCUGAUCGAUUUCUGCGGUGGGUCACUAAGGUUUGCCGGAAGUGAGGAUAAAGAAAGCCCAUGUGAUAUCGUGAUGGGGACUGGACCGACCACUCCCCUGUGGAGCUCAAAGGCAAUCUUCGAUGCUGUAAGAGCUAAAAUUUCAGGAGAUUUGAAAACAUAUCUCUUGCUCAGUCCUGACAAGUAAGGAAACGGACAUAGCUAAACAUAGCUAACUUCCACGAAAGUUUACUGACGCGUAAUAUCAUAAGUAGACUUUUAGAGGUUAGUGUGCUUGUUCCAGAUCGAAACAAGUCAAGAUUUUCCUGUCGGUUUUUCGUCCCAUGUAUGAAGGGAAUAAUCCAAGACAUUCAGGGGGGUUUGGAUUCCACGCUUUGGAUUCCGGAUUUCCGGUAAUGGAUUCCGGAUUCUUUGUCAGUGGAAAUUGGACUCAGGAUUCAAAUCGUUAGUGGAUUCCGGACUCCUUGAACUGUAUCCCGGAUUCUACAAUAAAAAUUUCUUGGAUUCCGGAGUCCACAAACAAACUUUUCCGAAAUCCCUUACAUGGGUCGAGGUUUUAUUUAGCAGAAUUAAAUAAGACACUGAAAUCAUUUUUCUACAACGCUACUGUAAGUUAAUGUCGAGUAGGGUUCCUCUUUAUUUCAACAGCUAAAUGUUGAAAUUAUAUUCCACUUACUUAAUCGCAGCCUUGUAGCCAACAUUGGUGGUCUGCGCCAAAAGCCUGACUCAUUCUACGACCAGCGGUAUUACACUGAAGUGAUCCUGGAUUUCAAAGCGUUUGAUGGCGUCAAGCGUUACGUGAGGUUUCGAUUGAUCCCAGCUGACGGAUCACCGGAAACGGGUUUAUUGUCUGAAAAAGUACAAUGGCAUCCUUGGUAAGUUUUAAUCAGUUAUAACAGGUGGAAAUUGUUCAAUCUCCUGAACCGACUAGUACUUUAACAUUAUUGUGUCCCAAAGAAAACAGCUUCCCCUGGAAUGAACGUUAUCAUCUACACUCUUAUGCCAUAGUGUCGGGUCACUCCUUCUACGCUUGAGACAAAAUAUACAUCUUUUUGUCUAUAUAAUCCCGUGAUAUUCAAAACGUAUAAGAGAGACCACGAGCCGCACAUUUUGGACAUUUUGACGCCACUAUAUGAGAAGACAAUGGAAACCUGCUAUCAUUAUAAGUUUAAAGUUUAUUAUUUGUUUAUUUACAUUUUUGCUAAUGGAGUAAAAGAAUUCGAAAAGAGGCCUCUGCUGGCAGGGAAUUUAUUUAUUGAGUGAUUAUUUCGUUUAUCUGUAUACUUGUUUCUUCUUUUAUUAUUUAUAAGUUAUUUCUUUGUUUCUUUAUUCUUUCUAACUCUUCCCUUAGUGGCUUAGUACGAUAGCGUUGGUAAAAUACAAUAUGUAAAUGUUCUGUCACAGGGAUAACAGAAGGUUGCCAAAAGAGCCUCUACCUCCAGACUACUUAAAGCGCGAGUAUAAGGAGCGAUUGGGCAAAGGACCUCUCGAGUACAAGCUUCAAAUGCAACUCCAUGAAGCUAAGCCCAAUGAUUCGCAUUUGAUACUUCAUGUCGGAAGGGAAUGGGACGAGAGCACACAUCCAUGGCUGGACGUAGCUGAUCUCAAAAUGACAUCACUUCUGUCGCCAACAGCGACCGAGCGACUGAAAUUCAUAUUCACCAACCGUCCACCUUGCAUUGAUUUAUUGCCAGCUCAGUCUGUUGACGAUCCCAAUGUUGUUCUUCAUAUUCGAAAUGCAGUGUACGUGUGGUCUCAGAAGUUACGAUCCAGGAGGUCAAAUAAGGUACUCCCAGAUCACAUGGCCUCUUAUCUCAUCCGAGUAGAAACCGGAAGCCAGUCAGGAGCAAGUACGGACGCCACUAUAACCAUAUCUUUGACAGGUAAAACUACAAUAUCUUUGGAAAAAGCUGGGCAAGAAGGUGGGGUGGGGAGAGGGGGUUACUUUGUGUGUUGCAUUUCGGUGAGGCUCCGACCAAAAUGGUUACCUUUUUAAGCUUUGCGAGUAUAAAAGGAUGCAGGGAUUUCACAAAUUAAAGUGUAUGAAGGGGUAAGGAAAAUUGUCAUUUAGGUUUUUAAAAAAGCCGCAAACAAACCGCACCCUCUUGCUGUUCUCUCGUAAAAUAGUUUGUUUACUUUAUUCCAAGGGAUUAGGAAAGGUAGCCUAAUAGUGUUCAAAAGCAGGUAUAUGAAAGGGUCCUGGGCUACCGUAACUUUUUGGCAAAAAACUGUACUUAAAAACUUAAGGGGUAACGGGUUUUAACUCCGCAGGAUCCUAUACUCAUGUAUAGCUUUCAAUUGUUGGUGUUGUUGUAUUUCAAAUUUGGGAUUAUUUUCCAAUAUUUUCUCGUCACGUUUCGAACGUUUUUCUUAAUGCAGGGACUAAGGGGAAGACAAAAAUGAUUAAGUUAGACAACUGGGGAAAUGACUUUGAAAAAGGAGAUGUUGAUGAGUACUCGGUGGAGGCUAUGGAUGUUGGUGAGGUCCUGAUGGUUCAUCUGCAUAACAGCGGUGGCGGCUGGUGGUACAAGAAUCCUGAUUGGUUUGUAAACAGGAUCUCAGUGAUAAGUUCCAGUCAGGAAGAUCCUUUCGAGUUUCCUUGUUAUCGCUGGGUGUUGUCGGAUCUGGUUGUAUUUGAAGGAAAAGGUAAGGCUACCAAAAUAUCAAACUGUAUCAAGAAAGGACUGUCGUGACUCUAUGCAGUCACGACAGUGGGCGGGACGCGUUACAGCUGAAUUUCCGUCGUAAAAGGCAAAGGCUCCACCGUGAUUUAGCUACUUUGAUCCGCCAGCAAAGUAUUUUCCGUCACAUAAUGCUGGGAAUAUCCGUACACUGAAAACUGACCUCAAAGGGAAGCAGCUGUUCGUAAGUUCUCUUUUGCUUAACUAUUUUGGGUUAUGGGUUAUGCCUCGACAGUAUGGAAAGACUUCGAAGUUGCUGGUGCCUGGAACCUUGACGGUAAGAAACUAAAGCAAUACAAAAUGGUAACGAACGAAAAAAACGUCCCCUAAACACUAACACAGAGACAGUAUUUUUUUAAAGUUAUGCAUGGGAUCUUUUUAAUUUUAGAAGGUACUUUAAAUGCCCUUGCACUAAGCCUAGUGAUGGCAAAUUUAUGUCUGAAUAAACUAACUGUAAAUUAUCAAAAGAAUUACUUUUCUUCUCUAUUUUAGGCCAGGAAGAUUUCUUUUUGUAACGCACCUCGAGCUUUCACUUUAUACACUCAUUCUUUUUGGGCCUCCCCUGGCAGCGACUGCGUAAUUAGCUUUCGGUUGUAAACUUGUAGGGCCAGUUAUUUAAACAGAAUUUAGCCAGUGUUUAACAAAAGCUCGUUCUAAGCCAUUUUCAGUUUGCUGAACGCUUUUAAGUAGACACCAUUUAUUGUGAACAGUUUCAUGAAAGCAUGUGGCGAAGACUAGAAAAGUAUUUUCCAUCUUAAAGUAACCCACUAAGAAAGAGAUUUGGAGGUUUAAAGAUUUCCUAAACCGCGGUCUAAGUUAGACUUCGUUUAAAUAAUUGGCCCGUAAAGUCUGAUGAUAAAUGAGAUAUAUUUCUCCAUUCCUUACAAGAUACCUUGUUUUGAUCUCAAUUCUUUAGCUAUCCUUCCCUUCCAAGAUCAACCAGAGGUUGUGAAAACUCAGCGAAAACUAGAAUUGCAGCAACGACAGGAAAGCUACAAAUGGGGAACCUUUCCUGGCUUUGAAGACCUCCCUGGGCAUCUUCAAGCCGCCAAGCACUCUGACAUCCCAAGAGAUUCACAAUUUUCACACGAGGCCAAAAACUCCAUUGCUGACGAUAAAAAGAAGGCGGUAAAAAAUCUUGGCCUUUCUAACCUCGCGACUCUCUUCGACGCCUGGGAUAACUUUGACGACUUUCAAAAGAUCCUUAAAAGACCCUACAAAGGAGUGCCAAAAAUUGUGGAAGGAGACCGCUGGAUGACGGAUAGUGUCUACGGAUCGAUAUUCCUGAAUGGUUGCCACCCGAAUGUUAUUGAGCGUUGUACGAAAUUGCCAGGAAAUUUUCCUGUCACAAAUGUCCUGGUGAAAAGCACUCUGGAUCGUGGCCUAACAUUAGAACAGGAGAUGAAGGUUUGUAGUCACGCCUCGUUUUUUCUUUCCUUCAGUUUGAUACCAAUGGGGAAGUUGCCGAGUAUAGAGUGUUUUCACAUGACGUCACGGCGGCCAUAUUGGUGUCCCAAAACAAUGAAACGGCGGCCAUGUUGGUGCCUCAAAUCAGUCCUCUGGGAGCUGAACUCUUUUCUUAUGUAAACGCUUUCUUUUGUUCCAGUAAAUUUGCAUAGAUGCUGGCCACGUGAGUGAAAACGCUCUAUAUAUAACGAUCGGCGAAAAUAUUCUCAUCCUUUUUGCUGUCACGGUUGACUUCUCAGAAUCGGCAUAUAGCACUCAGGAACAUGGGCAUUGAAAUAGCAUUGGCAUUGACGGGUUUUGAAAAUAAAGUGCAAGGGACCGCAAAUGAAUUUGCGGUAGAACGUAGGAUCUAAUUAAGAAGACCUGAUCAGGAAAAAAUACCAGUUAGACACAUUUCAAUCUGCAAAGCUGAUCGUGCUACGUAAAACAUGAAAAGCUGUUGACGGUUACAAACCCACACCGUUUUGGGUUCUAUCGGUGUCUUGCAAAGUUACUUUUCACGUAGUACGAUCAGCUUUGCAGAUUUCAAUGUGUCUAUUUGAUCUAAUUGCCUUUGUUUGUUUCUUUGUUUGUUUGCGUGUUUGUCAUCCUGGGGCCAUCAGAAAGGUCACGUGUACAUUGUCGAUUACAAAGAGCUCGAAGGCAUUACAGAAUCGUCCGAGGAAGGGGCAACUAGCUACAAUGCACAUCCCCUGGGGCUAUUUUACGUUAAGAAUUCUGGAGAUCUGGUGCCUAUUGCCAUACAGCUUUUCCAACAACCAAGUGAAACCAACCCAAUAUGGACUCCAGACGACGCAAAAUAUGAUUGGCUGUUGGCGAAGAUGUGGCUUCGACACGCAGACUAUAAAAUGCAGCAGGUUUGUAAUACCUCUUCAAUCUAUUGUGCUAAGAUAGCGAGAAUUUAUUGCGUAAAAAAUGUAGAAUUAUUUAGCACUAUUGCGGUCAAGUACUAUCUCACAACAAGAAUCAGAAAGCGAAUGCAGCGAAAUGCGUCCAUUAGCUUGACGUAAGGUAUUUGAGUACUGUUUAGACCGAGGAAAGAAUGUAUACUAACCUACACUGUACUUUGAGCGUUGAUACCUUUCGUGCAUUUCUCACUGAACUUGUUGCCGUUUUCUGAAACUUUUCUGAAAACAUUCUGGCAGUCGUUUUCAGGAAUAAACAUAGGUAACUCAUUGCCAGGAAUCCUUCCGUUCCGGGUAACGUGUAGGCCCUGCGAACGAGGUUGAACAAGGUUGAAAUAGUCUUGAAUGUACGGAUUUCCGCCUACCGGUUGCAAAAUACAAAAAAAAAGAAAAAGAAAAAAAAGAAGAAAAGACAAACACGUCUAUAAUUAAUUACAAUAGACCAUUAGAACCGUAUUUCUUUUCUCUCUUUCUUCCUCCCCCCCUCCUCCCCCCUUUUUUCUUUCUGGCCUCUGGUGAUCAUAUAACCAACCACAUUUCACUUUACUAAAGGUAAACGCCCAUGUUCUCAAAACUCACAUGGUUAUGGAGACUUUUGCCGUGGCAGCUUGGCGCCAGCUGCCCUCGGUUCAUCCAGUAUUUAAAAUCCUCUUCCCUCAUCUUCGCGCUGUGAUGGCAAUCAACAAUUUCGUCAGACACGACUUGGUUAACAAGACAGUUCCUAUGCAGAUUUUGAAGAAAAGUUACAAAGCGUUCAGGUUCAGCAUGCUCUCGUUGCCUGAAGUGCUCACCAAGAAGGGAGUGGACGAUAGUAAGAAAUUGCCCAAAUACUACUACAGGUAAAGCAGAUGUUAUUGUUUGCAUAUUGCACAGUGUAACGUUAUCGAGCAAAUACCAGUAACUAAAACCUAGUUUCAUUCAAAUGUACAGCACCCUUGAAAUAAGCCGGAACUGCUUUUUUUUUAUUGUCAGAGAUGAUGCUCUUCGCCUAUGGAAAGCUAUUUCAACUUUCAUGCGACAAGUCACCUCCAUCUACUAUAAGUCAGAUAAAGACGUUGCUAAGGACACGGAGCUUCACGCCUGGUUGCUAGAUAUACACGAGAAUGGAUUUCCUGUUGGAGAAAGUGGCAUCGAUCGCGAGCUUCCUAAAAGCAUUUCGACCCUCGAACAGCUCGUUCACGUUCUUACCUGCAUAGUAUUCACGUGCUCGUGCCAGCAUGCCGCAGUGAACUUUGGACUCAUGGAUGUUGCAGGUUUUAUCCCCAAUACCCCUCAUCUCAUGCGUCGUCCGCCUCCAACCAAGAAAAACGAAGCUUCUCUGAAGUCCAUCAUGAAGACGCUUCCAAACAAGUCUCAGGCUGCUCAUCAAAUCGCUUUCUUGUAUGUCUUAACCCAAUUUGCUGAGGAUGAGGUGAGAAUAGUCACGUGUUAGUACAAGAUAACCAAUAAUAAUAAUAAUAAUAAUAAUUAUAAUAAUAAUAAUAAUAAUAAUAAUAAUACAAGAAAUGGUGAUGUCAACAAUCAUAUUGCAGAAAGCCAUUAACAAACAAACCACUCAAUUGCAAUCGACUGGAACUCUGUGACUUACAUAACGUUUUCAACAGACUACUAUCAAUGACUGACAUUGGGAUAUUAGUUUACUAACUGAGAAGAAACACCGCUGAGUCUAAGUCUGCAGCUACUGGCACCUUACAAUAAAAUAACGACUUAUUGACUGGACUCAAACAAAAUUGACAACGACAGAAUGAUAGUAGAACCGUCAAUUUGACUAACAAUAACACGGCCUCUAUAACUGUGACAAAAGACGGAUUGAAGUUCACCAAUCACAUUUAGAGUCUUCAUAGCCAAUAACAUCACGGCAUCAUUGACAGACAAUUAAUUGAAUCAUCUGACGUUUGACCCUAAAUAGGACUACCACACAAGAUGGGGUUUCUAACUUUUUAUGAAGACUGCUUUUAGAGGACCAAGGAGGAAGACAGUCAGUUGUGUGUUUAUUCGGAAAUCAACCCACAAAUACUAUCCGUGUUGCAUAAGCUUGCUAACACCGCUAGUCCAUGCAAGGUAGGGUGGUUUACUCCACCUCGAUGUAAACGUUUUCGUUUCUUGUCCAUUCUUUUAACAGCUUCAUCAAAAUUUAAAGAAAAACAGAAAAACGAAUUAAAGUCAGCCUCUUGUGGGAAUAUGACGCCAUCGCAAAAUGCUUAUCGUUUAAUUUCGUCGCUUUUUAUCUUUCAGCGUUUCCUUGGUGACAUUACGCACAGUCUCCUGACGGGUGAUGAAGCAGAGGCUGCAAUUUGUCGUUUCCAGGCUUCUCUCCAGGAAAUAUCGGAUUCAAUCAAAUUUCGCAAUGAAUCAUUGGAGUUGCCUUACAUCAAUCUGUUACCUGAGCGAAUCCCUGAUAGUAUUGCUAUCUAGUAAGAGGAAUCGCGGACGUCUUACUAUUUCUGUUGCUGAAAUAAUGGUUGAGAGCUGCUUUACGUUAGAAUAAUAGAUCACAAAGGACUAAAGACAAAAAAAAAGUAUUUUAUGGGUGAAAAAAAAACAAACAAACAACAACAACAACAAAUCAUAAUUGCAAGAAAAUUAGUUGAUUUUCGCUUAUAACCAAGAAUAUUACCCCUGACCCUCUGUGCUAGGGUUAUGUCAAUUUUCGUAUUUUUUUUCGUUGGCCAUCUCCAAGGUUUACAUUUUAGAGGUCCGUCAUGACAAAGAAAGGGACGAACUCAACAUGUCUGUUUGCAAAUGGUUAAUAUCAGUAAAUUGGCCUUUAGACACCGUCCUCAUUUAAUGAAUUAAUAUUUUCCAAAAUAUAAAUGCAAAGUAUGAUGGAAGUAAAUUAAAUGUACCAAUAAACGCCGUCAAUAGUUAAUCCUCAUUUAUUUUUUCGUACAAAUUGGUCUAAUUUUAAAAUUUGAGUGUGUCACAAAACUUCUACUUUUAACUCGAAUUGUAAUAAUUACAGGAAAUUUUCUAAUCUUCGUCAGAUUCUAAUAGUAUAUUUUGAGAUAUUAUCGUUUUUUACGUUGCCAAGAGAUCAUAAUAGGACUCUUGACGUUGCUUAUGAAAGUCAUCAAACCAGGUUCUGGAAGGGGGAUCUUGAUUCCGCAUUCCCGCCCCUUUU